AUGGCCAAGGGGCAGAAAGGCUUCGUACCCGCCGCCAACACGGACGCCGCCUGGGUGGGCACCUGGAGACCCCACCGCCCGCGCGGGCCCAUCAUGGCCCAGUUCACCAGCCCGGGACCCAAGUACUCCGUCCCCGGGACAACAGGUCACCUGGCUCACGACCCCACCAAAGCCAGAGCCCCUGCCUACACCUUUCAAGGGGCCAAACCUCCCCUCGCCGAGAGCUGCUCUCCGGGUCCCCGCUACUACGUCCGGCCCUCCGUCACCAGGGACGGCAAGCACGUGGCUCCCGCACACCACAUCUGCGGGCUGCCCAAGAUAAAGACCGAGGUCACCCCGGGACCGAGCGACUACUCCAUUGAGAAGGCCAACAGGCACCGCUACCGAUGCCCGCCGGAGCAGUCCAUGGCCUUCCGGCACAAGGCCGUCAGAACCGACCCGUCGCCAGGUCCUGCCACCUACACCCUGCCCAGGCUGGUGGGGCCCAACACCGCCUACACCCGCGCCAGCCCGUGCUACUCCAUGGCGGGGAAGAGCAAGGCUUCGGGCUUCGCCGAAGACCUCUCCAAGACGCCAGGGCCUGCCGCGUUCCCCAAGGUGGACCUGGACCUCUACAAGAAGAGGGCUCCCACCUACGUGAUGGGAACCAAAGCCCGACCGGGAGGCGACCGAACCGCGAAGCCGGGGCCGGCGGACUACUGCCUGGGAAAGGUGACGCUCAUCAAGCCCCAGGCACCUGCUCCCACCUUUGGACUCCGCCACUCCGUCUACACCGCCCCUCUCAUCCCGUGGCACUCGUCAAGCCUCAGGCACCUGCUCCCACCGUCGGACUCCGCCACCCCUCUAAUCACAGCUGUCGACCAGCUCCGCGCACCCCGGGCAUCCUCAGGGGAAAGAGAGGAGAACCAGACCAACAGGCACCGCGGCUACUCCAGCUCCCAGGACGGGCACUGCGGCUACUCCAACCCCGGUAACAGGAACUGCAGCUAA